AUGACGGUCAUCUCUAGCCGAGAGACAGUUCAUGCUAAAGUCGAAUUCCACUUCAAAAAUCCCUUUGAGUGCUCUUUGUCUAGUGAUUUGUUCUCGCAGUUCUCUAGCGCCUCAAUUGCUGAAGAUGAACUUAUCAAUGGUCAAGGUAGCCUGUACGUCAAUGUGAAGCUUGUCGGCUACGACAGGUUCCCACAGGCUAAGAUUUUCCAAUGCCAUUGUGAUUACAAUAUGGGACUAGAGACCGUGAAGCUUCCUGGGUCUUUGUUUGGAAUUCAGGACGGAUUACCGACAGUGGACAGGUGCGAAAUAUGGGCGCUGGAUGGCCCUUUGAAGAGUUUGACAUGCAUGGUUCUAGCAAUACGCCCGUCACUCUUUAAGAAACUUUCUCAGUUAUCAGACUGGGGUCAAAAGCUCGAUUUUCUCAAGUUGAAGUGCAACUUGAACGAGUCUCGAGUAUAUCAUGAAGGAGAUAUCUUGUGGACCUCCUUCUGCAGGAUCAGUGAUUGCUUACCUGACACGCAAGGUUUUAUCGGCUUUGCAAGCACAAAGAUUGUUCUACAUAGCGAUGAGAGCUUUUGCAGCGAUCGAUCGCAUUUAGAUGAAAAGAAUUUGAGUAACCUUCAUCUUCUUUCUCCAAACAACAUGUCUAUUCAACUUCGGGGACUAAAUCAUCCGGUUCCCGAACGAAUGCUCCGUCCUACUCCUGGCAAGCUGGAUGACGAUAGCAUGUUUGUCUUCGCUCAAUACCAAACCCUUCUGUAUCUUGGAGUCACCAGCGGCUCUCACGUUUUGAUAAAAGCUAACGGAAUAACACGGGUGGUCAAAGUGUUUCUACUUCUAGAACCAAACGACUUCGAGAAAGCGGCGUUGUUUGCUGGCCCGCGCCUGAUAGCCAGCAUUGGGCCAGUCAGUGAAGUUUCCUUAGAAAAUUGGACUGAGAGUUUGCAGCAGAUUCCAUUAGCAACUUCUGUGUCUGUUGCUCGUGUUCUAAGCUGGAAUAAUUGCCAAAAGGCAUUCGAAACUGUGAUUUUGAACAACCUUACUCAAUUUCUUACCAAGAAAAAUCGCAUUUUACACUCAGGGGAUGUUAUACCUAUUACCUUUGACAGUAAUCAGGCCCCCUUUUUUACAGAAUUGCAGCUAUCGAGAGAACUGGAAGGUUUGAAUGAUUCUUUAGCAUGGUUUAGCAUCGAAAAAGUCCGCACUGAAGAUUCGCAAAUAUACGACGGUCCUUUCAUGAUAGACAGUAAGCAUACGACUUUAGUGACGGAAAAACUAAAGCCAAUGCAACCAUUAAAAUCUUCCUACUCCGAUUUCUUAUCUUACCAUGGUCUUGAGAGACCCUUUAUAUUUGAUGAAUCGGCCUUUCCAUACGCAAAGAAAUUUACAGACAUCAUAGCUGUAGGAGCUAGGCAAGUCAUCAAGGCUGCGAGUCCUGGAACUGCCAUCCUUUUGCAUUCUUCCACACCGAGUGUGGGGAAGACGACGCUAGUCAGGUCCAGCUGCUAUGCUCAAGGGUUAGAGCUUUUCGAAGUUGACUGCGUAUCAUUAAGCUCUAGGUCGAACAAUGCGAACAACAUGAAUAAUGUUUUAGGAUACCUUAAGGCUAAAAUCGAGCCCCUGACUCUUUUCAAGAGCCAGUCUAUUGUUUACCUCUCUCACAUCGAUUCAAUACUAGAGGGAGAGCAUGGCCACCAGGGAGCCGAAUAUCAAGUUAGAAAAUUGUUCGCUUUGGAGUUUGUGAAGUUCGUCGAAGAGCUAACGCAACACGGUAGUGGCUUAACUGUGGUGUUCUCAGCCAAUGACGUAGACAGCUUACCCGACAGCGUUCGUGCCAUUUUCCGAUUUGAAAUAUUCGUGCCUGUCCCGGAUGAAAGACAAAGGAAACAUAUCUUUGAGUGGUACCUGUCGAAGGAGAGGUUAAAUCUCAAUAUUUUUAACAAAUUUGAAUUCGAAGUCAAAGGCGGCUCCACAAAACAACAGUUGGCUUUAAAGUCUGCUGGUCUGACACCUUUGGACAUAAAAUCCGUUGUACUCACUGCCAGGGCCAGUGCAGCACGUAGGAAAAUGGACAGUAAACAUUCCAUUUUUAUGAACGAAAAGAAAAUCAUUAACGAAGAGGAUCUCUUAGGGGCCAUCGAAAUUUCACGAGAUGAAUUUUCUGACGCAAUUGGUGCGCCUAAAAUCCCUAGUGUGCAGUGGGCAGAUAUUGGCGGAAUGGACAUUGUUAAGGGAGAAAUUAUGGACACCAUAGAAUUACCUUUGAAACAUCCAGAGUUAUUUUCCUCGGGUAUGAAAAAGAGAAGUGGUAUUUUAUUUUACGGUCCACCAGGAACGGGCAAAACGUUGCUAGCGAAAGCCAUAGCGACCAAUUUUUCGCUCAACUUUUUCAGUGUUAAAGGACCUGAGUUACUGAACAUGUAUAUCGGAGAAUCUGAAGCUAAUGUUCGCCGUGUAUUCGAAAAAGCGCGUGACGCAAAACCAUGUGUUAUCUUUUUUGAUGAGCUUGACUCUGUCGCACCAAAAAGAGGAAAUCAAGGCGAUUCUGGCGGGGUGAUGGACAGAAUAGUCUCUCAACUUCUGGCGGAACUGGAUGGCAUGAGCUCUGGCGGCGAUGGAGUUUUUGUUAUAGGUGCGACCAAUAGGCCCGAUUUACUUGAUGAGGCCCUGCUGAGGCCAGGAAGAUUUGACAAGUUGUUAUAUUUGGGAAUUUCUGAUACUAACGAAAAGCAAGCAAAUAUUUUACAAGCGCUCACAAGAAAGAUGAUUCUUUCCCCAACUGUUGAUUUCAUAGAGAUCAGCAAAAAUUGUCCCUUUUCCUACACGGGCGCAGACUUUUACGCUCUUUGUUCGGAUGCUAUGUUGAAAUCCAUGCUGCGAAAAUCGAAAGAGGCAGAUGACAAACUGCAGAAAUAUAAUUUCACUGCUGAAAAGAAACUUACACUGAGCCAGUGGUUUGACAAGGUUGCCACUACUCAAGAUUUAACUGUGGAAGUGAACAUGGAAGAUUUCUCGGUGGCACAACGCGAGUUGAUCCCGAGCGUAUCUCAAGAGGAACUCGAUCACUAUCUAAGAGUAAAGCAUGCGUUCGAGAGGGAUAAUUAA